AUGGCUGUCAAGAGCAAGGCGCCCGACGCCGUGAAGCUCUUUGUAGGUCAGAUUCCCAAGCAUUUGACGCAGGAGGAGCUCCUUCCAAUCUUUGAGGAGGCGGGAGCCGUGUUUGACAUCAACAUCAUCAAGGACAAGUCCACCAAGCAAUCGCGAGGCUGCUGCUUCCUUACUUACAGCUCGAGAUCUGAGGCUGACAAUGCCAUUGAUUUGUUCCACAACAAGAAAACCAUCUCUCCGAGCACAAACUCUUCAUUGGAAUGCUACCAAAAUCCGUCACGGAGGCCGAAGUCCGUGAUGUGUUCUCGGAGUAUGGAAACAUCAAGGAGCUACAAGUCAUCAAAGGUUCCCAGCAAACUGCUAAAGGCAAGUUUUACUCGUGCUCUUGGGACUUUAGCUGAUAUCAUCGUUGCUUCUCGAUUCCCAGCUUGCGCGUUUUUGAAGUAUGAGACGAGGGAGGAGGCCGCCGGUGCUGUGGAGGCCUUGAACGGAAUUUACAGAAUGGAGGUAGCUUGA